UAUGUGCAGCGUUUAUGUAUUCAGCAAGUUCUCUGCUGGUUCUUCACACCGUCAACAUGGCUCCCAGAGGUAUGAUCACCGUGACAACCAUUCUCCUCUGCUUCAUACUGGGCCUGCUCAGUCCGGCUCCAGCUGCCUUAGGUUCCCAUAUGGGCAAAGCCUGUUGUACAAGAUACAAUAGGAAGCCAGUACCGUUCCAGCGUAUAAAAGGCUACAGAGAACAAACAACCACGGAAAACUGCCGCAUCGAGGCGAUCAUUUUCUACACGGUUAAGAAGAUUGAGAUAUGUGCAACACAGAAGGAUGAGUGGGUGAGGAAAACUCUGGAAUUACUCAGUUCCAAACUGAAGAAGAUGUCCAAGGCUGACUCUGUUGCAGGUGAAACCAAGAUGAGGAAAAGUGUAACUUCUUCAUUUACUGAUGGAAGUGGAUCUUUCCUCCAUACCACGGACACUUCCCCAAACAGCACUCAAAGCUUCUAUUAGCAAAAACUAGGUUGUGGUGUUAGAGAUUUGAAAUUAAAAUUUCAGUGAAUGUUUGAGAGAGAAUGGACCUAUUGUAAUCCAGUCAUGUCGGGGAUAUUAUCUCUGAAAAAGUAAAGAAAAGCUAACUACUUUUACUUGCCUAAACAUCAGCAUCAGCUCCCGAAUACUCCAUGUAAUCACAAGUAGGGUGGGGACAAUCAGAGGAUCAGCUUUGAGAUCAUUGAUGUACAUUAUGUGCUUAGUCACUUAACAAAUCUUAACAUAAACAUCAUAGUUUUUCUAUGAUUUUGUGACUAUGUUGUUUCAUCUCCUGCUAUGAAUCUCCUGCUUAUUCAAGUUAAUGUGCUAAUAUCCAAUAAUCCAAUAAAUUUACGUCAUAGUGCUC